GACGGCUGGGCCGCUGGAGAACGUGACGCCACGUAACGUGCGCGUGCACUGGUUAAUUAGAAAUAAUAGCAGAAGAAGGAACAGUGCUGAGUCCUUUGGCGUCCGCCAGUGACAGAGGACCGUUUGUUCACAGCUGGCCCGGCUGUGUUUAAGUUGUUGCGCUCGGAGCCCGCAGACGCGCGCGCGCCCCCUCCCUCACGCCACAUCCUCCCCCGCAGCGCGUGGCGCCACCCGCAGGGCGGUCGGUCCACGCAAAGCUUCUGUCCACGCUGGUGGAACAAGGUCCGAGCAACGAGCCGGCGUUCACCGACCGCGUCCUCCUCGCACAGGCGCGUUUCCCGCAGCUCGACUCCAGCUGUUCGUGCGGAUCCAGGGGCGCUGCAGCCGCGCACCAUGCUCCUCAGGGUCGCCUCCUGCUCCCGCUCCCUGCGGAGCAGCUCUGGGUUCUCCAGAGCCUCCAAAGUUCUGCAGGCACCGUGCAAACGCCCUCCAGGAUUACCUGCUGCAAGUCGAGGCGUCCACGUGGACCAUCCACCCAUCGUCCCCACUCUCACCACCAGUUAUGUCCACGGCACCUCGUCCAUGUCCUUGCUCCACGCCACAGUGGGCGAGAGCCUGCUGAGCACCGUGGAGCGCUGGCCCGACAGAGAGGCCUUGGCUUUUGUAGACAGCGGAGUCCGCAAGACGUUUGCACAGUUUCAGCAGGAUGUGGACCAGGCUGCAGCAGGCCUGCUGGCGCUCGGACUGAGGAAAGGAGACCGGCUCGGCAUGUGGGGACCCAACACGUAUGAAUGGGUCCUGUUCCAGUUCGCAACAGCCAAAGCUGGGAUUAUUUUGGUGUCUGUGAAUCCAGCCUACCAGCUGAAGGAGGUGGAGUUUGCAUUGCAAAAGGUUGGCUGUAAAGCUAUAGUGUGCCCCACACAGUUUAAAACCCAGAAGUACUGUGACAUGCUGAGACAAAUCUGCCCAGAGGUUGAAUCAUGCAGCCCAGGAGACCUGAGGAGUGUCAGACUCCCCGAGCUCCGCACUGUGAUCGUCCUGGACAGUCGACAAGCAGGAAUGUUCCACGUUGAGGACGUGAUGCAGGCGGGCAGCAGCCAGCACAGGCAGCAGCUGCAGGACCUGCAGAAGAAGCUGUCGUUCGACGACCCCAUUAACAUCCAGUUCACUUCGGGCACCACUGGGACUCCAAAAGGAGCCACCUUGUCUCAUCACAACAUCGUCAACGACUCCUUCUUCAUUGGUAAAAGAUUGGGAUACGACUGGAGGCCCAACACUCGCAUCUGUGUCCCUGUGCCUCUAUACCACUGCUUCGGCUCGGUGGGCGGUGGGAUGUCCAUGGCCAUGCACGGCGUCACCUUGGUCUUUCCCUCUGCGGGGUACGAUGGGAAGGCUAACCUAGCAUCUCUGGAGAGCGAAAGAUGCACCUUUAUUUACGGGACUCCCACCAUGUACGUUGAUAUGCUUAACCAGCCUGACUUGGCUCAAUAUGACUUAUCAUCUGUAAAAGCAGGCAUCAUGGCUGGUUCCCCUUGUCCUCCUGAGCUUGUGAGGAAGGUCAUCUCUGUUAUGGGGGUUAAAGAAUUAACGACUGGAUACGGCACCACAGAGAACAGCCCUGGGACCUUCUUCGGUUGCCCGACAGACAACAUAGAUAGAAAUUCAGAAAGUGUUGGGUACAUCCUGAACCACCUAGAGGCUAAAGUAGUGAACCCUACAACGGGAGACAUCGUGCCCCUGGGAGUGACCGGGGAGCUGAUGGUGAGAGGGUUCUGUGUCAUGUUGGGAUACUGGGGCGACGACGCAAGGACAAAAGAAUGCAUCACGAAGGAAGGCUGGUACAAAACUGGAGACCUCGGCAGCUUGGACGCGUACGGCUACUGUCGAAUCGACGGCAGGAUCAAAGACAUGAUCAUCAGAGGAGGAGAGAACAUUUACCCGGCUGAGAUCGAACAGUUCCUGCACACGCACCCCAAAGUGAAGGAGGCUCAGGUGGUUGGAGUUCACGAUGAUCGCAUGGGUGAGGCGGUGUGUGCCUGCAUCAAACUGCUGGACGGCCAGGACUGCACUGCAGAGGAAAUCAAAGCUUAUUGCAAGGGCCAGAUCACGCACUACAAGAUUCCUCUUUAUGUGCUUUUUGUGACCAGCUACCCACUCACUGUUACUGGAAAGAUCCAGAAGCACAAACUGCGAGAAGUAGCUGAGAAGCAACUGGGACUGAAGACGGGAAAAUGACAAAAUCCACUUGCAUAUGAAGAGUUCAUUGAAUGUUGAAUGUUCAACAACACCAAUCUGGUAUUGGCCUUACACACAACCACAAGAAACUUCAGAAAUAAGACUGUCAGGCUGCUGUCUUUUGCAAAUAGAUCUUUUCCUAAUCUGAUACUUUUUGGCUUGGCAUGCACGCGUUAAGCAAAUGUCAUCGCAUCACUGUGUGUUACUUGGACUUGUCAGACCUGUCAGCUCCUGAGGUUUGAGUUACUAAAGGUCACUGAAUGCUGGUGCAUUUUAUUAGGAAGGAGAUGCUGGUGGUAUUUUAUAUCCUUGGUAAGGUAUAAUAGAAAUGUUAGAAUCAGAUUCUCUGAUUUCAGGGGGGUUUAUAAUAGAAAUGUAAACAGUUACUUGAUGUCUACUAAGGUUUCUCACAUGUACAAUAGAUCCACUGUUUUUUUACUGCAGAGGUUUUAAAAUGUUCUUUUUAACACCAACUUGAAAUAAACCUUGUACCACAUUAUUAAAA